GUAGAAAUAUCCCGGAAUAUCAAAGCAGUCUCUAAUUUUACAAUACUUUGUCUUCCUCUCCUUUUCCUCUCUCUGCAAGGACCUUAUAUCGCUGCAAUGAGCUGGUCCCUCCCGUAGUGCAGAAAAGAGAAAUAAUACGACGUAUGUUAACACAGACUUCACUGCCAUGACCCGAUUUAUACUCCUACUGCUUGUAAUAUUACUGGACGACUUCUGCUGCGCCGGCUCGCAGCUACAACAAAACUCCUUUCGACUCAACGUCUCAGCAAAGAAGACACUUCACGUUAUACGGGGCAAGAAUGUAGCUAUCACCAGUGAUCACUAUUCCAUAGUUCCCUCAGGCCAUCAUUCUAACGCUAUUAUAACCUGCAAUAUGGUAUACACUAGUUGUAAUGAAAAUUGUGGUCAUAUUUCUCCUACAACUCUUCCAUGCUGGGAUCAAGGGACUCCCAAUCUCUUCUACAACUACCAGCAUCAUGGCUGCUUUAAUCACUACGAAACCUUACAUUUCCAAGUUGAUGCAAGAAUGAUCAUUAACAACACUGCUGUCAUUGCUAUAGAACACCUUAGUCUUCCCCUGCGUAUCCUACCCAAUCGAAACGUGUCUUUAAAAAUUCAAACGGUAAAGGACGACAAAGACAAUGUUAUGAUUAAUUUUUUGUUUCCGACUUUUUUCACCAACAAGUGCUCGUACACAGUUAUGGAUCAUUUACCAUCUUACAAAGGGAUUAGUGGUUCCGAGAUUCGUGUCAAUGGCUCAUUGUCUUUGCCUAUUCCUUGUGGCUAUUCCCCCACUACACCUUUUACCUAUUCUUCUCGCCGUCUUUCAUCCGUAAUUACGUCACUCUUUGUUCACACUAACUGUUUCACAGAAGACUCUACAUAUUACGUUGUACCUCUAACACUGAAUGACGCUCUUAACAAAUCUACAUACCCGACCGAAGAUGAUGUAAUACACUUGAAGGACUCUCAUAUGAAUAUUAAUGAGCUCAGCGAAACUCUACUGUCACCGGAAACUUUACCAAUUGAUUUGCAAGAGUUUCAAGGAUAUACUAACAGCAGUGGUUUAAAGCUCUUGUUCCCUGUAGAAUACACAGGUGGGUUUUACCCUUAUCUCUUGCCACCUCAAAACCCUAACACAGCCACCACCUUCACGAUGAAUGAGUUGUUGAGGAACAGAGUAGUCUUUAAGCCUACUGAGAGAUCAAUAGCCACGCAUGUCUCCACGGUUACCAUGUUUCACUACAACUUAUUGGACUUCAUUGGUAGACCACUAGCAAGUGGAGCCUUAUAUGUUAAGCUGUCUCCGAUGAAAGGAAAGGAUCCAAGCAUUCGUAAGAAUAUUGGUAUAUCCGUAGAGAGAUAUGGAAAGGCUCUUUUAACAUCUAAUGAGCUCAAUUUGUACCCACCUCAUCUCUGUACUAACUAUACCGUGAGAAUAGUGGCCCUACCAAGGCUUGGGAGUGUUUAUGUUAGUGGGAAAGAUGCACCAUUGGGCAUCAACGACACUUUCCAAGUCGAAGAGAACAAUUUGAAUAUCCUUUACGUACAAGACAACAACAAUGUGAGUCAUUAUGCAUCCGAUGCUACCCAUUGGAGCUUAGAAUGUGACAUGGUUAAGAAGCAGGACGGGACUAAAGGGACGCCACCACUCGAUGUAUUAAUACCAAUAAGAAUAACCUCUUCACCCACUACCACUCACUGCACUGUUGUGACUUUAUCUCAAUGUGUGACACCUUUACAUUUGAGUAAGUGUAGUCUCCCAACUGGGCCCGUGACCAUAACACCAUUAAAGCAACAGCCGGUUGAUCCUGGAGACUUUAUAGUUGCCCCAUCCUCUCAUUGUUUGACUGGCUCUUAUCCUUACUAUACUCUCAGUCGAUCACAGUCCUGUCUUGGUAAUACAAAUAAACAUGAUCGUGGUAAUGAUUCCUUGUGGUAUAUGUCACACAAUAUAACAUCAGUGGUAGUAAUGGAGUACAUACUAAGCAGCAUCGAAUACAAUUACUCAGUGCUUUUACGUGUAAAGGUACUUCCUCACUUUAAUUUCAUUGCUACUAAAGAACUACCUAAUGCUAGUCUUAGCUCACCCUCACACUUUCCUUCUGCUCCUUUUGUUCAAAGGAACAUACCUUUACCUCUCUCAUCUCUUCAACCUGUUUACAUCACAGCUGACUAUCUACGCAUAUCGUCAACUGGUUAUUUGGAGAAAGAAAUUGUGUAUCACAUCAGUUCACAGCCCCGUUAUGGCAUUCUCUGCUUGCUGGAUAAUACAGACUGUACUGCUUCAGUAAGGUCAUUCACACAAGCUGACUUAACUGCAAAUAGAAUUUAUUACAAGCCAAAGUCCUCGACGAUGCAACCGGUAAAUGACUCGUUUUAUUUUCAGUUAUUUUAUUUUGAAGGGAGAGAGAAAUUACCUCAAGAAAUCAGAUUUCAGUUUGUGUCAGUAGAGGAAGAGUCUCUGUUGAUCCCGUACAGACAGUUUUGGAUAAGUAACGAGAGAGAAAAGGCCCUCACUCGUAAAUAUUUCCGACACAUUCAGUGGUACAUGGGAACCAAUAGACUCCAUUUCAGACUUAUUUCUGGCCCUCGCCAUGGCAUAUUACACACUCCAGAUACUCCGGAAGAGUUCUUAUGGGAAGAUCUGACAACAAGAAGUGUUACAUACGAACACAGUCCUCUUGAAGAGCACUGCAGUGAUAUACUGACACUGCAAGUAACAAGAUUAACUGAUAGAUUUAGCAUUAUUACUAACAUAAGCAUUGCUAUUAAAGCAAGUACUGGAGAUGUGCUUAGUAUUACUACGAAUGAUCGUUCUCUUGAGUUAGAAAAAGAAUUUAAAUUAUCAGAAAAUGACUUUCAGCUCCAAUCACCUUUCUGCCUCUCCUUUAUCAAGUUCAAAGUGACGUCACUCCCAAGUUACGGUCUCUUAAGGUACCUAGACCCUGUGGUCAAUGUAUUGAAAGAAUUAAAUAUCAACAGCAGUUUCACUGGUCAAGACAUACUAGAAGGACGUAUUACUUAUCGCGUAUUACCAAGUAUUAUAUUCUAUCGUAACACGACUGAUACGUUCUCUACUGUUCUUGAAGAUCCUCAAGGUGUUACUGACAGCAAAUCAGGGAGACCAAGACGUAGCAGUCCUUCAUCAGUCUUUCUCAUCAUUCUAAUACAAGAGACACUUAGCGAAUUGAGACUCAAUCUUACUGUGAGUCCAUCAAUAAUGAUGAGUACUGCUACUGAUGAUCGCUAUAGUGUCACGUUUACUAAAGAAGACAUUUAUUUAACAGAGGAUUCUGAUUUCUUACCAUCCGAAAUAUCGCUUUAUCUCAAAUCAAGCUCACCUCCAAGAUUCGGGCACAUCCAAAGAGGUGAUUCUCAGAUACCUUACUUUACUCUGUCCGAUGUUUACGAGAAUGAAAUAUCAUAUGUCUCGACCCUCUCUCACUCUGAUUUCUCAGUCACUUCGGACUCAUUUGAGCUGAUAGUAAGAAUUAGCUAUGGUAAUCAGACCAAUCCAGGACAUGUGGAGAGUAACAUUACUGUAAAGAUUGAUUGGUGCUACUUUAAUUUAAGUGGAAGAGGGAGAGUAGAUGAAACUGCUGAUUAUGAGUAUCAUGUAAUAUAUAUUGGUGGGAAUAAUCUCCUCAGUCCAGUUCAUGUCAAUGUCACUACGCUGGAAGGCGUUGCUGACGAUUCUGCUACUCCUGGAAUAGACUACCAUCCCAUAAACAAGAGACUGACCUUCACUUCUCAUUCAAGGAAAGCCGUUGGCUAUGUUAGCAUUAUCAAUGAUUCCAAUGCAGAAGGAAAUGAACUGUUUGUAAUGGGCCUCCGUGAUUCUGAUGUUUGUAUCAUACCAAAGCACUCAGAAAUCAAUGUAUACAUAACUGACUAUAUUGAUGAUUAUCCACUCUUUGCCUUCUCUAAUAACAGUCAAUACAUCUUACCACAAUCACCUUCACUUUGCUCCUUCUCUCUGGAAGUCACUGAGAGUGUAGGGUCAUUUAAUAUAAGCAUCCUCAGGACUAAGAACACUCUACAAAGGAACAGGGUCAUAUGUCACACUGUUCCAGAGUACAGCACUGAAUAUGCUGAUUAUGUUGGUAGACCAAACAACAUUAGUUCUGCUGUCACAUUCAAUAGAGGAGAGACCCAGGCUAAUUGUACCAUUACGAUUAUUGAUGAUGAUGAGAAUGAGCGAUUAGAGAUAUUUUAUGUUGAGCUUAAGGGAUUAGUGACAGAGAAUAGUUUUGUGAACAAUGGAAGCAGUAGAGUAUGCAUUUCUAUUAAGCAUGAUGAAAAUGAUGCUCCAAAGGUUUCUUUCAAAAACAGCAUAAUUUUCGUCCGAGAGAAUUUUGCUGGUAACUUGAGUUUCUCCAUUGUCAGGACUGAAGAUCUAUCCAGUGAAACUAUUGUUGACUUACGAGUGCGCCCUGGAAAUGCUACCAAAAAUGAAGACUAUAUUUUUAACAGAUCAUUGAAUGUCAUAAAGUUUUUAAAGGGACAGAGUGAAGCCAAGGGUUAUGUUAAAAUACUUCAAGAUAACAAGACAGAGAGUGACGAAGUUUUUUAUAUUAAGAUAUUUCCAUCAUACAAUGGAGCUGUAUCAGGAAAUGGGAUACUGAAAAUUGUUAUACAGGAUACUGUUAAAGACGUGUUUGUCAACUUUUCCUCCAAAACUUAUCGAGUUAAUGAGACGAAUAUUAUUACUGAAAUACCCGUCUAUCGUCAUGGUAACCUCUCCACGCCCACAACUGUUAAAUGCACAAUGAGUUCGAUCACAGCUGGUGAUCAGGAUUAUUUCAAUACACCACUAACACUCACUUUUCAAAUUAACGAGACAAAGAAAGUGUGUAAUCUUUUCCUGAAUGAUGAUGACCUUAGAGAAGGCAGCGAGACACUCCGUAUUUUACUAUCAACUAAUGAUUCAAGAGUUAAGACUGAUGAAGCUAUCAUUAUUAUUAAUGAUCCGGAAGAUGCUUCAGUUGUAGAGUUUGAAGAUGUGAUUGUGAAUGUUACUGAGCCAGUCUCUAACUUUGAAGUAGACCAUACAGAAGUUCAGCUAUUGGUCAAUAGAAAGAAAGGGCUAAAUGUGGAAGCAUCCAUCGAUUAUUAUACAUUUGAGAAUGCGACUAUGAGUCAUGAGAGUACAAAAAGUUACAACUCUUCAAAGAAAAGGAUCACUUUUGCUGCUGGAGUGGAGAGGGUGACUGUGACAAUACCAGUACAUUAUGAGGCCUUGCAGAAUGAUGAGACAUUUUAUGCUCAAUUGAUUGGGAACAAUGUGACAAGGCUAGGGCAACAGGACAGGAUGACUAUAGUAGUCAAAAACAGGAUAUUAAAAGGGGUUUAUUUUCCUGCUAAUCCAGUCAUUGCAUCAUUCGUUAACCAGUCGGUCCAAUUCAAUCCUCAAGGAGCUACGGUGUAUCAUGAUCUGCCUUUAUUGUGUCGAACGGCUUGUGAUCAAUGGCAUGAUGAAUGUGACCAGCAAGGUAUUGAUGCUCACAAAACAAUUUAUGAAUGGUGGAUAUCAGAAAAUGGAGAAGCAUUCUUCCAAAUCAAGAGAGAUACUUUUUUGACGACUACUGCAUCUCAUACUCUCUCUCCAGUCUACUUUAGUCGUAACGUUUGGAUCAAGUGUGUCACAAAAGCUGUUGAUGUGAGUGGAGUUAAAGGUUACUCUAGAACUAGCAACCCUGUCUUAAUUGGAAAUAAACCAUUUUACAAAUAUCAGCGAAAUCAGUCAAAAAUUGAAGUCAAAUUUGAAACUUAUGCGUCAUUUCAAGGAAAUGAAAAAGAUUUUGUAGAAUUAGUGGUUACAAUGCCUGCUCUACCAAACUCAAUUCCACUCAUAACAUCGAAACCAAUCCUUUCUCCUCUACUUUAUAUCCUAACUCGUCCUUCUGCUCGUAACGGCCACUCUUGCUCCAACCUCAUUCCUAGCUCUAAAAGGACUAGUUUACUCUCUGGAGAGUCACAGGGACUUGAUAAAUACUUGAUAAAGGGAGUGUGGGUCUUUAGAAAAUGGCUGCAAUUUAAAUCAAUCAAAAAUGCAUGCCCUGUUUCUUUUUCUAAUGACGAAGAAGGAAACUUGAGUCUUUCGAUGCCUCUUUACGUGACCGAAUUAAAGAUCAGGAAUGGAGCUCCAAUCAUCAUUAACAAUUCGAAGCACAAUAUGACACUGCAUAGUAAACUGCUACCUGCUAUUGAGUCAGCAGUGUCUUCUUUUCCAUUCAAUUACCGACCGGUAGAAAAGUCCAACUACCAAAAAAUCUCUUUCUCACCUCAUUCCGUUGAUUUACAACCUUUAAACAAGAUUCGUCUCUUUGGAUAUACCAAUUAUUCUCAUAUUUCACUCCAGAGGCUGGUUAUUAGAAUUAUUGUGGAAGGUAGUCCUAAUGCUCUGUUGCCAUUAAGCUAUGAAGAAAGUAAUGGAAACAUUAUUAAUGGCUGGAUUAUUGAGACAAGUCUUAGAAACAACAUUUCAUUUGAUGUUAAAAUAUGCCAAAAUAAUGACCAUGAUGCUUCAAUUGGACGCUUUAGUAACUGCGAGAGCUUCACAUUUGAAAUACCAUUGACAACAGUUAACAAUCAACUUAUGUUGUCUUCAGAACUGGAGUCUAAUGCAAUAAUGCUUAGUGAAAGAGAGGCCAAUAUGCACAAUAUAUCAGGGAAAAAUGUACUGAAACUCUCAGUGUAUCUUCAUCACUCCUCUAUAAUGAGGCCUCAAUUUGAAUUACUGGUUGAUGAAGUGAUUCUUAAGCACAAUGAGCAAGAGAGAGUUUUAUUGGAUGCUUUGAGAGAGAGAAAGGGCCCAUCUCAUGUGACAGUGUGCUUUGUAUUAGAUGGAAUGCGCAUUGACCCCAACAGUUUCAUUCUGACAAACAGCAGUGUCCGUUCACAUGCCCAUGGGAUCAAGUACCGGGAAUUUGAAACAAUAGCAAGUCUUCCUCAGUUGCAUAUUGAAGAUCCACCAACCCCGACUGCUGUUACUGGUACUGACACUCCUAUAACAGGAACCAAUUCAACACUACCGCUGUAUGCCUUCACGCUCAUUUUGAUAACUGCAGUUAUACUGGCAUCAGUCUGUACCAUCACUUGUGCACUCUUGGUGUACACUCUUAGACAAAGGCGGCUGUUGAAGACAAAAAACAACCUUAUCCAAGAUGUGUCAGUAGAAACUAAUCUUGGAGAAAAUCGCCCAAGACGAAGCACCAGACGAAAAGGAAGAGAUUUUCUCAGUUCUUAUUCCUCCUCCUCCUCUUCCUCUCCUCAAUUCAGAGGUUUCUAUUCUCCGUCAAUCACUCCUAUCAGUGACACUCAACCCUCUGUACUUACAAGAUCAAAGAGUUUGCCCGAUUUGUCGUCUGUUUCGCCACCUUUUGACACCUUUAGUCUCACGCCUCCGGGUUCUACUGGAUCAGAGUCUCCGCCCACUCCACCCACAGAGGGUUCUCGUAUUGUGCUUACUAAGAUUAUUCCAAUUAAAGAGCGCCACAAAAGUUUAAUGCACGAAUUGUGGCGUAUAAGUGAAAAUGCAAGGGGGAUGUCGUCAGAAAUGGACGAAAGAUUAUCAACGUCAAGUAGCAAUGAUGACGCUGGGGCUGGUAAUAUUAAAGGUGCCCCCCAGGGGGUGGGGUGGUACGAGAGGUUUCAAACUAGACAAAAAUCACUUGAACUUUAUUCUAAAAUGUAUUCGAAAGCUACACCAGCUACAGAGCAUAAGACCGACGAUGCUAAAGUACCAGAUGACAAAAGUACUGCAAUAUUAUGCCAGGUUGAAGUACACGAUGUGGGCGAGGAUUCAAAUGAAGAUUUAAAUGGCGAGGAAACUCUGGAGACUAAGACAACUGUUGAAGCGUAAUAUUGUACCUUAUUGUACGAUCAGUUUAAACAAUUACUGUCUCUUUUAAUAUUUAUAUUAUAAUAUAUUGUUGAUGUAUUCCCUCUCUUUCUUUUUUUACUUCCACACCUGUGACUCACUUUAAAACCAGUUAAACUUCUUAACUUGUGUAACAUAUCAUCAUCAUCAUCAUUAUUAUUAUUAUCAUUAUGCUAUCAUUAUCACUAAUAUCAUUAAUAGUAAUAUCUUGAAAAGAUUAAUAUUUUAACUU